AUGGGACGGUUCGCAGCACUGCAGGUUCUCGAGGAUGGCCUGCUCUUAGACUACCUCUUGCGGGCGCUCACCUUCGACGACCUGUGCGUCCUCUGCCAGUGCGAUGGCAACCUGGCGCGGCAGCUGGCAAGCAGCCGUUUCUGGCUCCACGCCGCCAUCGCCGAGGCGCCUUUCCUCCGGCUGGAGCCUUCCUGCUUCAAGCGAGAGGAGCACGCCGGCGUGAUCCGCGCGCUGCGAGUCCUGAGGAAGGCCGUCCCAGCUCGGGGCCUCAGUGCGCCGCUGGGCUCGGCCAGCGGCAUCGAGGAGCUGGCCAGCGCCGUGAGUGCUGCCUCCCUCGCCUCGGCUCUCCACAAGCAGCGCCACAGGGGCUUCGCGGCGCCAGUGGUCGGCCUUCUACGGUGGCAGGACGAGGCAGCGCUGCUGAGCGCGAUGUCCCCGGCCGAGCCGAAGGUGGGCGAGUUCUGCCUCUCGGCGCCCAUCUCGUUGCCGCUGCGGGAGUCCCAGCAGCUCGCGGCCUUCCUGGGCCUCAGCGCCGCCGCCCUCGGGCCGCCGCUGCCCAUGCGGCUCGUCUUCGCCUGGAGGGCCGGCCGGCUGCUGGCCGCCGUGUCCAUGGGCGGGCUGGUGCCGAACCGGCUCCAGCUGCCGGAGCCCGCCGCCUCUCCGGCGCCGCCCCCGCUCACCUCGAAGCUCGUCCAGGUGACCAUCCGGUGCCUCGACCCGCAGCUGCCGCUGGCCGGGGCCCCGCUGACGGUGCCAGUGGGCAGGCAGUGGGUGGCCGUGCCCCUGGAGCUGCCCCCGAGGUGCCGAGCCGCAGCCGCGGCGGCGAUGGUGCGCGGGGCGCUCCUGGUCGUGGCUCUGACGGACCUGGAGAGGGUGCGCGUGCCGCUGUCGCUCAACUCCCUGCACCUGCACCCCCUGCGCGGCGAUCGCGAGGCGUGA